AUGUUCCAAUCCCAAUCUCCAAAGGGCAUGCUCGCCCUAGCAGCCAUGGGCCUCAUCACCAGCACAACUGCCAGCCUUGAAACCUGUGCUAGCAGCACUGCCUUCAGCUGCGCAAGCUCCUCUACAGAGCCAACCUGUUGCUUCAACUACCCAGGUGGUGCCCUCCUCCAGACUCAAUUCUGGGAUACCAGCCCAUCAACCGGUCCCGACGAUUCAUGGACCAUCCACGGAUUGUGGCCCGACAACUGCGACGGCACAUACGAGUCGAGCUGUGACUCGAAGCGCGCUUACUCCAACAUCACAGCCAUCCUGCAGGACCAGGACCUCGGUGACCUGGUCGACUACAUGGAUGAGUAUUGGGUUGAUAUCAACGGUGAGAACGAGAGCUUCUGGUCGCACGAGUGGAGCAAGCAUGGUACUUGCAUCAAUACCAUCGAUCCCAGCUGCUAUUCCCGCUACAAGGCACAAGAGGAAGUGGGUGAUUUCUUCCAGAAGACAGUUGAUUUGUUCAAGAGUUUGAAUACGCACAAGGCUCUCGCCGCUGCUGGCAUUACCCCGAGUACUUCCAAGACCUACACCCUCAGCGCGAUCCAGAAGGCUCUUACUACCAUGCAUGGCGCGUCGGUUUACCUUGGCUGCUCUAGUGGCAAGUUGAACCAGGUUUGGUACUUCUACAACGUUAAGGGUAAUGCCAUUGAUGGAACAUACAAGGCUGUUGAUACGCUCACUACUUCUGGCUGCCCAAAGACUGGCAUCAAGUAUUUGCCCAAGUAA